AAUCAUUAGACUAGCUAUCGGAGGGAACGAAAUAAUGAAUAAAGAAGAGGAGAAAGAUGAAACUAGUUUCUCACAGUAUCUAAUGAGAGGAGUCUUUCAAGAGAAGAUUGAUGUGGUACGAUUCAUACUAUCACUUGAUGGAUUAAGAUUAGCUGAUACCAUUAGUCCCUGUAUUGAGGAAGCAGUUGAAUCAGGUAAUAUACAAAUAUUAAGUAUGUUACUUGAAUCAGGAGGUGAUCCUAACUUUAUUGGUAAUAAAGGCCUCACUCCUCUACAGACAGCCAGUAAACAAGGACACAUUACUAUAGUCAACAAACUUCUUCAAUACAAGGCAGAUCCUAAUCAAGACGGGAUAGAUGGAGCGACAGCACUAAUGCUAGCGAGCAACUUUGAUCAUUUUGACAUUGUUGAGCAGCUCUUGUCUUCUGGUGCUUCUGUUAACAAAACAAUGUUUGAUGGCUGGACUGCACUGAUAUUUGCUUGUGAUCAAAAUCACCUUCAAAUCGUAAAACGUUUACUACAAUCAGGAGCAAAUCCUAAUGUCCUCACACACAGCAGUAAAUGCAGCCCAGUCUACUUUGCUUCAUCAAAGCACAACAAUCCUUCAAUGCUUGCAGCACUGAUAGAAACUGGUGCUGAUAUAAAUACCACCACUGAGACUGGUGUCACACCACUUAUCGUUGCAGCUCAAUUUGGCUUUGAAGCAAUUGUAUCAGUUCUACUCAACCACAAAGCUUUGCUGGAUUGUCAGACCCAUCAUGGUUUCACAGCACUGAUGGCUGCAGCACACAAAGGCCACGUAGAUAUUACAGAGUCUCUGUUACUAGCUGGAGCUAGCACACAUAUUGCUGAUAAUAAUGGCAGGACGGCUUUGGAGUGGUCACUACAAUCAGAGCAACAUGAAAUAACGCAACUCCUGCUAAUGAAUGUAGGAGAUGUCAUAGAUGAGAGUGACCAUGCAUAUAAUGCAGAGUAUCAGUAUGGAGGGAAGCGCAUAAGUGAAGAUAUAUCCUCGCCAAAACUGCAUCCAUCCAUAAUUAAACUAAGAGAGGCAAUGAGAAAGCCUCCUUUAUCAGAAGACACUGGACAGAAGCACAGACAUGCUAUAAGAUGGAAUAAUGAACAUCUAGUAAAGAAAUAAAUAUCCUUAAAAUGUACAGUAAAUAUUAACUAUAUAUAACUACAAGUUUAUGUGAAGUACAUGUACAUUAUACACUCUUGGUUGAUCUACAAUUCUACAUGUAAUUCUCAUUUUAUCAAACAAAAUUGAUU